GCCUUGCCGACAUAUCCACGUGCAUGUCAUAUUUGAAAACAAAAUAAAGUUAGCAUUUAGUUCGUCACAGGAAAUAUAAGUAAAAUAGUAGAAAGCUCUAUCUUAUUGUAACAAUUAUUAAUUACAAAUAUGGCAAGAAGGCCUGAACAUUUGGCACCGCCUGAGAUUUUCUACAAUGAUGAUGAAGCUAAAAAAUACUCUACCAACACACGGAUAAUAGAAAUUCAAAUUGAGAUGGCAGAGAGGGCCUAUGAAUUACUUACCCUAAAUGAGGAUGAGCAGUGUCUGAUAUUGGAUAUUGGUUGUGGCUCUGGUCUAUCGGGAAGUGUGUUAGAGGACAAUGAGCACAUUUGGGUAGGUGUUGACAUAUCUAAAUCAAUGUUAGAUAUAGCUGUUGAACGUGAUGUAGCUGGAGAUCUUGUGUUGACAGACAUGGGAGACGGUAUGCCAUUUAGGCCUGGUACCUUUGACGGAGCCAUAUCGAUAUCUGCCUUGCAAUGGUUGUGUAAUGCGGAUAAAAGUACACAUAAUCCCCAUAAAAGAUUAUAUAAAUUCUUUUCAACUUUAUUCUCCUGUUUGACUCGUACGGCUCGUGCUGUAUUUCAAUUUUACCCGGAAAAUGCAGACCAAAUUGAAAUGGUCACCUCACAAGCCAUGAAAGCUGGAUUCUAUGGUGGCUUAGUGGUUGAUUAUCCCAAUUCCACCAAAGCGAAGAAGUAUUUUCUAGUAUUGAUGACGGGUGGUACUACACCGAUGCCAAAAGCGUUAGGAUCGGAGGAAGAAGAAAAACGAAUAAAUUAUAUUAAAAAGCGUGAUAUGUGUCGAGAAGCUCGAGGUAAACCGAUGAAAAAAUCAAGAGAGUGGAUAUUAGCUAAAAAAGAACGUAGGCGACGCCAAGGGCGUGACACCCGACCAGAUACAAAAUAUACGGGACGAAAACGUAGCGGAAAAUUUUAGUUCGAAAGCUAUUAUUUACAUUACAAUUAGCAACCCUUUCUUUACAAUUCUUCGUUUAUAAUAAUAACAAAAUCUUUAAAACAUACAGUAAAAAAUUCAA